AUGGCUAGAUGCAGAACCAGCUGCUUAGAAAAACCACUGUGCUUGGGCUUUAGACGCCUCGGAGGUUUUAUUGGUAGAUACCCGUGUUGGUUUUUGUUUUUACCUUUAUUCCUAGCAGGUGGACUGGGAUCGGGUUUCAUUUUUCUUCGAGAGAGGGAGGCAAAUGGCAUUGAGGACCAGUUUACGCCUGUAAACGGUCCCGCUAAACUUGAGAGGGCUUUUAUACAAGAACACUUCACAAACGAUAGUGAUUUUUCCCAGCUUAGGCUUACAUCGGAGGGAACGUACGCCUCGGUAAUUAUUACUGGUUUGCAGCAGAAAAAUAUACUAACAGUAGACGCGUUUACCGAAAUACUUGACUUGGACAACGAAGUUAAAAAUGUUAAUACAGGGGACACUUUUGUGAGCCUUUGUGCUCAAACUGCUGGGAAGUGCAUGUCAAAUGCAGUUUUAGAUUUUAUAAACUUCACUGCGAGUAAAAUUCAAAGUACCAAAAUUAAGUAUCCAGUGUAUGAAGACAUUUUCAUAGGAUCUUCGAUUGGAGGUGUGGAGCUGAAAGCAGGAAGCUCGGAGAUAAUCAGCGCAGAAGCGAUUAGACUUUUUUAUUUCUUAAAAGAGGACGAUGAAAGUAAAAAUGUUCUUUGGCUGAAGGCUUUCAUUAAAACCAUGUCCACCUACAAAGAACCAAAAACGGUGUCUCUGUCUUAUUUCACUUCAUUAUCAAGAGAGGAAGAGUUUGAAAGCAGUUCAGCGUCUGUGAUUCCUUUCUUCUCCAUCACUUAUUGUUUGUCCAUUAAUAUUGCAAUAAUAUCUUGUUUGAGGUUGGACUGUGUGAGGAACAAGGUAUGGGUUGCGUCAUGUGGGGUUCUUUCAGCUGGCUUGGCUGUGCUGUCCAGUUUUGGGUUGCUGCUCUUCUGUGGAAUACAGUUUCCUAUGACAGUGGCUACAGCUCCUUUUUUAAUUUUGGGGAUUGGGGUUGAUGACAUGUUCAUUAUGAUUUCCUGCUGGCAGAAAACAAAAGUUAUGGAUAAAGUUGAAGAUCGUUUGGCGGAAACAUAUGAAGAAGCAGCCGUAUCAAUCACUAUCACCACAAUAACUGAUGUUCUAGCUUUCUACAUUGGUCUUAUGACUCCAUUCCGCUCAGUGCAGUCUUUCUGUUUGUACACUGGUACAGCUGUGCUCUUUUGCUACAUCUACAACAUCACAUUUUUUGGUGCCUUUCUAGCCUUAAAUGGAAGAAGGGAACAAAGCAAUAGACACUGGCUGACCUGCAUGGUAGUUUCUAAAAAAAAGGACUGUCCUGAUGGUAAUAUUUGCUGUGUGGGAGGGGAGUAUGAUGAUUUGACUGGUACUGAAACAGAAAUGCUACUUAAUUUGUUUUUUAAGAAAUACUAUGGGCCUUUUUUGACUAAUUCUUGGACUAAAGUGUUUGUGAUUUUUCUCUACGGUGGGUAUUUAGCUGCUAGCAUCUAUGGGUGCGUCCAAAUGCAAGAGGGAAUUGAACUAAAACAUUUAGCUGUAGAUGACUCCUAUGUGGUUAAAUACUAUGAUAAAGAAAAGUACUUUAAAGAGUAUGGUCCCAGUGUUAUGAUAGUUAUCAGGGAUGAGAAAUUUCAGUAUUGGAAUUCUUCUGCACGAGCAAGCCUUGAUUUUUGUCUUCAGGAAUUUAACAAACUGACCAUGACCUCAAAACAUUUACUCAUAUCUUGGCUUCAUUCCUACUUACAACAAACAUCUUUAGAUUUAAAUGAUGAAAACAUAUUUAAAAAUAAGCUGGUAAUAUUUCUAAGAGCUUCAGGAUUCAGUCAAGACGUCAACUUUACUAAUAACCAAAUCAUUGCCUCCCGCAUGUUUAUUCAGACAGUAAACAUUAGUACAGCAGCUGAUGAAAAGAAUAUGCUGAAUGCUUUUAGAGAAACUGCUGAAAAAUGUGUUAAGUCAAAAGAAGCAGUAGACAUAUUAGUUUACCACCAUGCCUUUAUCUAUUUUGAUCAGUAUUCUGUCAUAGUAAGCAAUACUAUCCAAAACAUAAUAGUUGCUACUCUGGCUAUGUUCUUUGUUUCCCUGCUAUUGAUACCAAACCCUAUCUGCUCAAUAUGGGUAACUUUUGCUAUUGUGUCUGUCAUUGUGGGUGUGGCUGGUUUUAUGGCAUUAUGGGAUGUCAAUCUAGACUCAAUAUCUAUGAUCAAUUUAGUCAUUUGCAUUGGUUUUUCUGUUGAUUUCUCUGCACACAUAUCCUAUGCUUUUGUUUCAAGUAAGGAACAGACAGCAAAUAAGAAGGCUAUAGAUGCCCUCUAUAACCUUGGCUAUCCAAUGAUACAGGCAGCACUGUCCACUGUUGCAGGGAUAGUGGUGCUAUCAGCUGCUCAAAGCUAUAUAUUUAGGACUUUCUUUAAAAUCAUGUUUUUGGUCAUCCUUUUUGGGUCAAUUCAUGGCAUAAUGAUCUUACCUGUGUUUCUGUCUUUAUUUGGAGCAUGUGGGAAUGCACACACUUCAAUCAUACCUAAAACCCCUCAAAAUCAUAAAGUUACAGGGUCCAACAUUAAGAAUCAUUCUUAUACUUACUCCAAUUCGGAUUUUACCCACCAGAUGGAGGUUAAAAAUAAAGCAUAUACACAUGAUAUAUCAAGCGAUCAGCAUAUAUACAGAACAAAUGAAAACAUUUUGCCCAAUGGUAACAAACUACCAGCAAUUAAGAAUCAUGCAACUGGCCCCAUCUAUUCAAUAUCAGGCAUGAGCUUGGAUCCUGACUGUCCUUAAAUUAUUCAUAGUGAAUUCAAAAUGAAGACAUGAAGGUCUAUUACAAACUCAAAUUUAUUCAUAAAAAUAUACAUUAAUGAUUUUUUUUUUGUUAGCUG